AUGGAUCCUGAAACAAAGUCAUGUGUUGAUAAAGCACGACUUAACAAAAAUCAGAUUCAUCUUUUUUUCAAUCCUCCUUGUAAAGUCUAUUCACAAAUCAAUGAAUUUAUUUUACCUAAUCCAAAUAAUGUUAAUUCUAUAAGUAUCCCAAAAUCUCCAAACUCUUUUUUCCUAUACCGGAAAAAUUAUAUUGCAAAACAUAAGUCUCCUAGGAAUAAAAAGGACGGGAGAAUUCUUUCAAAGGAAGCCAGUGUUUCCUGGAAGAAUGAACUCAAGGAAGUGAAAGUUUAUUUUAAAGUAUUAGCAAAAGUAGCUUUUCAAAAACAUAAAAUAACAUAUGAAAAUCGAAAAAAUCGUAUUUUUAUUCAUCAACAACCGGGGCCACAACAAAAACAAAUAGACAAUAAUAAUGAUUCUGCAGUUUCACCAUCAACCUAUCCAAUUUCUUUUUCUCUUCCUUCUAGUUGUCAGCACACAAAUAAUAAUACGGGUUCAUCAUAUCAACAACUGGAACUGCAACAAAAACAAAAAGAUAAUGACGAUUGUGUAGCUUAUUCAUCAUCAACUCAUCCACAACCUACUUUUUUUUGCACAAGUAAUAAUACAAGCUUUCCUCAUCUUGUGCUUCAACAACCAGAGCCACAACAAAAUCAAAAAGUUAGUUGUUAUGAAAAAAAUAAUAACGAUUGUGCAACUUUAUCAUUACUUAAUACACAUUCUACUUUUUUUUGCACAAAUGAUAAUACAAACUUUCCUCAUUUUGUGCUUCAACAACUGGAACCACAACAAAAUCAAAAAGAUAAUUUUCAUAAUAACGAUUGUGCAUUUUCAUUACCAUCACCUCAUCCACAUUUUACUUCUUUUUGCACAAGUGAUAAUGCAAGCUUGUCUCAUUUUAUGUUUCAACAACCGGAACUACAACAAAAUCAAAUAGAUAAUUUUCCUAUCAACAAUUGUGCAGUUUCAUUACCAUCACCUCACCCACAUUCUACUUUUUUUAACACAAAUGAUAAUACAAGCUUACCUCAUUUUAUGCCUCAACAACUGGAAAUACAACAAAAUCAAAUAGAUAAUUUUCCUAUCAACAAUUGUGCAGCUUCAUCAUCGCCUUAUUACGAUUUUAAUGCUAAUUGGAAUACGAUAAAUGGCUACUUUCCUAAUUGA